UAAGUCCUAAUAAUUUGCCACAAAAAGGACUCCGAGCUAAUGUAGCGGCGAUUGGCGCCGGCGUCCUAUAUUUCAUGGCAUUCAUGCCGUACUUUUUCUUCUUCCCGAGAUAUCGUGACUUAGGGUUCCCGCAGAAGUUGGCCUCAUGUCUGAGCUGUAACUCCGGGCUGGCCAUGGGCUCCAUGAUCAUCGCCAUGUGGGAGGGCAACAGCGUCGGCAUCCAGUGGUCCAACAUCCACGAGCCGGCCUCCCCGGACGACACCCUAACCAUACUGCAUGUGAUGAUCAUGUUUUAUGUGGACACCGCCCUCUAUAUGGUGCUCACGUGGUAUAUCGAGGCUGCCUUUCCCGGCGAGUAUGGUGUGCCACUCAAGUGGUACUUCCCGGUCACCAGAGACUACUGGUUCGGUGCGCAACACGUGGUGAACGAGGAGAAGGUGCAGCUGAAUGGCGGUCCCCAUGACUAUCACACGGACGACCCUCACGAUGACCAUCACAAUAAUGACUUCUUCGAGAGGGAACCGGCGGCUCUCAAGAGUGGUAUUAAAAUAUCGCAUCUCUGGAAGACAUUUGAUGGCAAGAAGUAUGUGGUGAGGGAUCUGACGCUCAAUGCAUACAAGGGUCAGAUCACAGCCCUGUUGGGCCAUAACGGCGCCGGCAAAACCACAACAAUGUCUAUACUGACGGGUCUGUUCCCACCGACUGAUGGCACGGCACUAGUGAACGGAUACGACAUCCGCAGAGACAUGGAUCAGAUCCGGUCGAGUCUCGGCAUAUGUCCGCAGUUUGACGUCCUGUUCGACGAGCUGACAGUCGAGGAGCACCUG